UUGGGCAGUUUAGGGAGAUUACUACAAGAAGAGCUCUUAGCAAAAACAGAGCAAUGGACUGUUCCUAACAUAUUUAUCAAACAACAUCAUAUAGGUGGAUGUGAUGAUCUUCAUAGAUUACAUGCUUCUGGUGAACUUGUCAAACUACUCGAAUAAUAAUAUUUUAAAUUGUGCUAAAAAGAAUAAGAAUAAAAAUAAAUAAAAUUUUAAUAGAGCGAUUUCUUAUUAUUAUUUAUUAUACGUGCAUUUGCUUGUAUAUAAUAACUAUCCUUUCCCCCCCUUCUUUUUCUCUCUUCUCUUCUUCUUCUUCUUCCUUUUUAAUAAUGUCAUUUAUUUCUUCUUCUUCUAAUUACCAUGAUAUCAUACCAAAGAAGCGGUGGCUAAAGAUAAAUGAUGGUUCAUCACUUGUCCAUCCUCUUCAUAAAUCGCCUACUGAUAUACCUUCUUCUUCUGUAAAGCGCCUAUUUCCUUCACUUUCCAUGUUCAAUUUACCUUCUUCCAUGGUUUUAUCGCCUACAACCACUUUAUGUGAUACACCAUCACCAUCACCAUCGCCACCAUCGCCUCUAGAUCCUUCUUUUAUUCAAAAGCUUUUUUUAUCCUUAAGCAAAUCAUCUUCCAAUCCGUCAGAACAACAACAACAACAACAACAACAACAACAAGAGGUGACUACUACAGUACAACCAUUAGAGGCCGUACAAUUGUUGCUAGAGCGCCUAGAGGCCUGGUACUUACUCACAACACGUCUUUUACGUCAUUUUCAACGUUUAGCAAGUAUCGAGCGUUACAUAUCCAAGAUAUAUGAUCGUCGUUUUGUUUCACCACAUCAAGCCAAUAUCUUCACCACACAUCCAUUACUUGAUACUCACUUUGAUCCUUCCUUUAAGGGCGGUAUCCGUCAUCUUUGCCAUGCAUGGUAUCAACACCAUCUAGAUCGUAUCCAACAACAUACAGACUUGUCUCAUUUUUUAAAACAAGAGGCUAUCCCUGUCCUUCAAAAGAUAAAACGCGAUUUACGUCAAAUGAUGCGGUCCAUACGCACUGAUGAUCGCUUAUCCUCACAUACCCUUAAAAAACUUGAAUGUGAAGCGAAUCGACGAUUAGAUAAAUUAGAGCAACAGUUAAGAGCCUUUGAUGAGCAACCUCAUGAAUGCCACAUGAAACAAGACCCCUGGCUCAUGAAUGCAGGUAAUAGAUGAAUAUAGACAAAUGAAAACAAUAUAAAUAUGUAUAUGUGUAUACAUGUAACACUUUUUUUUUUUUUUCCCUUUUGCUUAUUAGGUGUAGUUAAACAAAUGAUCAAGGUCUAUUAUCAUCAAAAUAAAAUCUACGAAACUGUUUUACGCUUACAAGAUGAAACUCAAACACUUGAGGAACAAUGUCUUUCACAAUUUCAUCAAUUAUGUUAUCAUGUCACAGAUACUGUCUCUAGCGAUUGGGAAGACUUCUUUCAACGAUAUCAACAUCGUCUAUUAUCGCCUGUCUUUCAUAACCUUGACCAUCUUCAAUAUCAUCACCGUCUGUUGGAACCCUUAUUGGCCUCUCGUAUCGAACGUAAAACGUUUUGGGGAUGGCGUGAAUACAUGUAUGUAUUGACACCUGCUGGCUUCUUGCAUGAAUAUCAAUCACAAGCAACCUACCCAGCGAAACCA